AUGACGGGGGAAAUUCUAACUUUGCACGUAGGUCAGUGUGGGAACCAAGUCGGCCAACAGUACUGGUCUCAGAUCGCAAAAGAACACGGUAUCGGCAAAGACGGUCAAAGCGUGGAACCAGAUGAUCCCAAUACAUUUAGAGAGGAUGAUACAAACCCGUUCUUUAGAAGAAAUGCGCAAGAUAGAUACACUCCAAGAGCUCUGAUGUUCGACUUAGAGCCGAAGGUUAUAAAUGAUGCCUUCAACAAUUAUCCGGGAUUUUUUGACCCACGAAAUAGCUGGGUCUCUGAGGAGAAGUAUGGUGCCGGGAAUUCGUGGGCCAAGGGCUACCAAGAGGGUCAGAAAAGCGAGGAACACUUCCUAAACAUGAUUGACAAAGAAUUGGACUCAACAGAGAAUUUUGAAGGUUUCCAGUUGUUCCAUUCUGUAGCCGGCGGUACCGGAUCUGGGCUUGGUUCUAACUUGUUAGAGACUUUGGCUGACCGCUACUCGAAGAACAUCCUGACAACGUAUUCAGUUUUCCCAACGGAUCAGUCGGAGGUCGUUGUUCAGCCCUAUAACACUGUGCUAACAUUGAGAAGGUUAGCAGAGGAAAGUGACGCAUCCGUCAUCUUUGAUAAUAACGCUUUAUUGAGUUUAUCCUCCAGAGUGUUCAGAGGUCAACAAAUAGAUUUUAGCAAUUCCAACCAGUUGAUAGCUGCAACAUUAUCAUCAGUAACGAAUUCGUUGCGUUUCCCAAGUUACAUGUACACAUCACUACAAAGCUUAGUAUCCACUUUGGUGCCAAGCCCGGACCUACAUUUUCUAACACCAUCGUUUACACCAUUCACAUCUGAUUAUGUGGCCCAUGAGAAAGAAUACAGACAAAACACAGCAUACGACGUAUUACUGGAUCUCAUAGACGGGAAUAACUCGCUAGUGUCAAAUAAGAAUAACAAGCCAGUGUAUUUCAACACGUUUAGCACACUGAUAGGUACUUUGGAUCGUAGUGAUAUUACUAGAGCAAUCUCGAAACUACAAACAAGGCUCCACUUUGCUCCAUGGUCAUCCAGUGUAAUCCACGUCAACUGUGGUAGGAGAUCGCCAUACCUGACGAACAAAAACAUCGGGGGAGACUACGUGAAUGGGAUGAUGCUUUCUAACUCCACCGGAGUGAUACCGCUACUAGAGAACGCCUGUCACUCCUUUGACAAGAUCUUUGCUAAACGAGCCUUUCUCAACACCUUCACACAGUCCGGCAUGCUAAGUGACGAUGACUCCGAAUUCAUUGAUUCCAGAGCAGUCGCCCAAAAUAUCAUAGACCAGUACGUUACCGCAGAAGAGACAGACUAUCUGGAUGAUAUAUUACUUGAUGACGAGAAUAUGACUGGUGUGCUGGAAGACGUCGGCGGGCAACAAGUCGAUCACGAAGGAGACAACAUCAUUGUAUGA